ACAUUAUUAAAAACUAAAAACGUAAACAAAACUAAUUUGGCUUUUAUUUUAAAACAUUUUAUUUUAUUGUUUUGAACGUGAUUUCCAAAGCUGCUGUGAUUUACAAAAAACACAGUUUGAAACCUUACAAUAUAAGUAUAAUCCUUCAUCGUUAAAAUGUUGCAUAAAAAUAUUUACAGUACUGUUCUCAGCCAGGCAUUUUCACCAUGUGGGCAAUAUUUGGUUGCCGGCAACAUUUAUGGCCAGAUAGCCGUCUUUGAUCUCAACCGACUACUGAAUCCGGUUGUGGAAUUACUCACAAGUGACUACAACAAACCGAAGCACAUACAUAAUAUUCUAACUGGAAAACAAGUGUGCAGUCUUUUAUCCACCGAGAAUAACCUUAUAAUUGGAACUGCUGGUGAGAUCAUCAGCUAUGAAUGGUCUUCCAUAACCUCUUCUAAGCUGGGCAAACCUCACUGGCAAGUCAGUAUACCCUCAAAGGUACCUGUAGAGCAACAGGAUGUGAAUUGCUUGUGGUUAUCUGAAGAUAAAGAAACUUUGUUUGCUGGUUGCGGGGAUAACAAUAUUUAUUCCUUCACGUUAGAGACUGUUAGCUUGAAGUUGAAGUAUUUGGGACAUGAUGAUUUCAUACACUGCAUUGAUGGAAAGUCUGAUCAGCUGAUAUCUGCCAGUGAGGAUGGUUCCGUGAAGCUGUGGGACACCAGAACAGGCAAAUCUCACAACAGUAUAGAGCCACACAGCAACAGUAAUGUUGCCCGACCGGAUAUAGGCAAAUGGGUUGGGGCUGCCUCUUUGAGUGAUGAUUGGAUUGUUUGUGGUGGUGGACCUAGACUAGCACUUUGGCAUCUCCGUUCCCUGGAUGUUGUCACAGUGUUUGACAUCCCUGACCAUGGCAUCCAUGUGUCCUUCUUCCACGAUGACUGUGUGGUUGCUGGGGGAGCAGCGAAGCAUCUGUACCAGCUGUCAUACUCCGGAGAGGUGAAGGUGGAACUCCCAGUGUCUGCCACAACUGUAUACUCAGCUGUGAUGAGGACGAGCCCUGAUAAGGUGCUGGCUAUAGCUGGCUCAAGCCCAGAUAUAGACCUGUGCACUACGUUUAACUAUAGAGAUCAGAUUCUUCGUUUUAGGUAAGAUUUUUGGUUUGUUUUUUAUAAUAAUAGUGUAAGAAAUCCUAAGUUUAAUAAUGAAAAAACUUAAUAAAAGU